GGUCGGCACGCGCCGCCCGCCCCUCGGGAGCGAAGGGAAGGCCCGGCCGGGCGGGAAGUGCGCGCCCCGGAGCCGGGAUGCGCCGGUGCCACCGCCGGCGGCGGCGGGGGCAGGAAGGGGGCGGGCCCUGAGGGCGAGGGCGCGGUCCCCAGGCGGGCGGGGCCGCGAGCAGGCCCGGGCGGUGCUUCCCCGGCGGCGGGCGCGUCCCGCCCCCCGGUGCGGGGGCAGGGCUGGGGCCGUACCAGGGCAGCGAGGCGGGGGCUGAGCGGGGUCUGUGUCCGCAGCUGAGCCCAGUGCGGAUGCGGCGGCCGGGCGAGGGGCAGCGCCGCGGUGCCCGAGCGGUGCCGAGGAGCCGGCCCGGGGCGGGAGACACGGACUCCGGCGGAGAUCUCCCGGCGGAUCGGCCCGCCGCCCUUCGGAGCGGGAUGGAGGAGCCCGACAAGGAGGGAGAUGGUGCCGGAGGGAAGACCACCUGGCAGCAGAGCCUGAGUCCCGAGCUGCAGCAGGGAUACCGAAUCCUGCGCGAGUUCCUACUAGAGAAGUACCGGCCUCUGACGGCGCCGUUCCUGGAGCCCCUCGCGGAUCAGGCAUCCUUCGGAGAAGAAGGCGCCGGCUCCCCCUCGGGCCAUAAGAGCGGUCAGUCCCUCCAGCAGUUGCCAGCUGGAAUAUGGCUGUUGAAGAUGGAAGAGAAAUUUUCCAGUGGGCAGUACACAGGGAUAGCAGAUUUCGUGUGUGACUUCCGGCUUAUGCUGGAGACUUGCUACCGGCUGCACGGUGUGGAUCACUGGCUCUCCAAACAGGCCCAGAAGCUGGAGAUGAUGCUGGAGCAGAAGUUGGCGCUGCUGUCCCGGCAUUUAAGAGAGAAAACAUCAUUAGCUGUCACAUCUAGAGGAUGCUAUGGGCAGGAAGAUGAGAAAGGAACAGCAUGCAUUUCCACAAGACGUCGUUCCACACCUCGCAGUUUAGUAGGCUUGUCAACAGGCAUGUUUGAGUCUGUGAUGGUUCAGGUUCUAAGACAAGAGGAGCAGCUGAGAGCAAAAGAGGAAAAGAGGCAGAGAGAUCAAGAAAGAAAAGAAGCAGAAGAAGCCAGUCAGAAAGAAAUAGAAGAAUGGGAAAAAUCACUUUUAGCUCAAGCAGCACCUACAAGGAUGGAGACAAUGUGGGAGAUUCCAGCUAUUGGUCAUUUUCUUUGUUUAGCACAACAGAUUUUAAAUUUACCUGAAAUAGUAUUCUAUGAAUUGGAACGCUGUCUUCUGAUGCCUCAGUGUAAUGUUUUUUUAUCUAAAAUAAUGACUUCUUUGUUAAGUCCUCCUCAUCGCAGAUCUACAUUACACCGCAGGCCGACAUCUUCUUACAGGACUUGGGAAGCAGCACUGAGAAAGAAAGUACAACACUGGUAUACUGUUGUAGGGCAGACCGACAAUCCUAAUGGGGCUGCAGAAAAACUUGGCUUAUGUCCCCAGUUUUUCAAAGUGCUCGGAGAAGUUAAUCCCUUGGAGGAAAAACCAUUUCAUGAGCUACCAUUCUACCAAAAAGUGUGGCUGCUAAAAGGUCUCUGUGACUUUGUGUAUGAAACACAAAAGGAUGUUCAGGAUGCAGUGCUAGGUCAGCCUAUCCAUGAAUGCAGAGAAGUAAUUCUUGGUUAUGACUGCUUGGAGAAUGCAUAUGUUCAUUUUCCACAGUUCUGUGGUGCGGAUGUUCGGAUUUACAAACAAAAACCUUUUCAGGCUCCUGAAUUUCCAUCUCUUCCCAUCAAAGUUAAAAAAGUACCACGUAUUAAAUCAGAAAGAGUAAAACAUGAAUAUGUAGCCAAAAGCAAUGGGGAGGUCAGUUCUGCUGGUAGAGAACUGCUACAUCCUUCCAAGACAGAAGUAGAGAAAAGUAUGGACUCUGUUGUUGUCUGUCCAGAAAAAAAACUACAUUUAGGCACCUUUAGAAUCCCUACCGGGGAGAUAAACUGUGAAAUCAAAGACUCAAGAGUCUGUGACAUCAAGAAAACUGUUUGUUAUAAAGAGAACUUGAGGAAUUUGAUUACUUCAGGAGAGAUUGUUGGUGUGGGUGGUGACUCUAGUUCAAGAGAAAUAACGGAUGGGGAGAAUGGACAAGGUUAUGCUGAAAUGGCCAGACUAAGGUCUGAUAUGAGUCCCUUCAAGGAGAACACACUGAAAGCUUGCCAGGUGCAUGUCAAUGGCACUUACAAUGAUUACCAAGACACCAGUUACCAUGAAUCUGCUAAAGAAACAGUGCUAGAGAACUCACUGCGAAAUAAUAAGAAACUAAAUAAGAUACUAGCAAAAAAGAAGAAAAAGAAAAAAAAGAAGUUGAAGGAUAUUCUAAAUGAAAAUCUACAGAGAAAACUUGAUGACCUGCAAAGAAAACGUGAGAUUCAUCUUCAUCCGUUCAAAUCUUAUAAAUCUGAGCUCCAGAACAAGUUGUUUAUAAUUAAAAAGAAAGCAAAACACAAGAAGCACAAAUCUGGAAAAAAAUCACUAUCUAAAAAAGCAAUCACAAAGAAGAGGAAGGGUGUCAGAAAGUCUACCAUACCAGAAUUUCAGAAAGCAAUCUGUGCUAUUUUGAUGAGUAGACCCACGUUAAAUCAUGACUGUUUUCUAAAACCCUCCCACCAAAUCAGUUUAUUCCACCAUGAUGAUGAUGAUGUGUUUCAGAGGGAGCUAGUAGAAUUUCUGGUGAUAAAAUUGCUUAUUUGCACUAAUCUUGAUGAACUCAGGGAAUUAAUCACAAAGAUUGAGAAUGAACUCAAAGAUCUGGAGGACAUUAAAAAGAAAUCGGGAAGAUGGUACCACCGGAAGCAAGCAGUAAAGGAAUUGCAUGGUACGUUGUUACGACUGCUUAAUGAACUGUUACCAUGGGAACCAAAGCUAAUUAAAGCAUUUCAAAGAAACAGGUCUAGAUUGAAGAAGGACUAUGAUGACUUUAAAAGACAUCCAGACCAUGAUAAAUUUACCAGAGAAUUGUGGAGUAAUGAUGAAAGUGAAGUUGAUUCUGGCAAAGAAUCUUUUGCAGUAGUAUGCGGUAAAUCAUCAGAGUCUGCAGAACAUAUAGAAGUUCCCAAAAAAGAUCACUCAGACAAUGAUGAAAUGAAACUAUUAGAGAUGAAUUUACCUGCAGGAAAAAACAGAAUUCUGAAAAAAGAAUCAGCUUCUAAAGAAAUCCAGAAGACACUGCCCAAAUGCAUUAAACGACAGUUCAAGCAAAAUAGUUGUCUGGAUCAAAGCACUAAUGAGCUCUCACCAAGGAAGAAAGCUAAGCUGAGCACUGUUGAGACUGUAGUCCAGAGUUCAGAAAGUAGCCUGCAGCCGGAUAGUUGUUUAACUGAGCUAAAACAGUUUGAAGGAUCAAGUUUAGAGUUUUUUUCCUUGACAGAUCCUACAACAUCAGUAUCAAACUUUCUGAAAGGGACCAAACCCAUCCAGGCCUUGCUUGCCAAGAAUACUGGGAACAAAGUGACCUUAACAAAUCAACCGUCGCCUCCCCCAGGCAUAAAUGUAUCGACUUCUGAAAAGUCAGUUUUACCACCUUUGGAAUCAUCGGUGAUCAAACCAGCAUUGCCCUGCCAGGCCAGUUCAAAGACUCCCUUACAAAUGGUAUACAAAAUGCCGAAUGGCCAUUGUGUACCAAUAGACCUACAUAAUAACUCAGUGAAAAUUCAAAUGCAAACUGUGACUGACCCUAAAACUGGAGAAAAAGUCAUGCAACAAGUUCUUAUUUUACCUAAGAAUUUUCUUCUUCAGCAGCAGGAAGGAAAAAUUGUGUCCAAGGACGUUCAGCCACUACAACAAAAAUCAUCUGAGCUGCACUGUACAUCUUUACCAAAAGUGUCAAAUAUCAGUGUUUCUUUAACACCUGUUCUGGUGACAGGCUCUGCAAAUACUACCACUCAGUCACCUACUACAAUUUUUAGCAAGAAUAUUACCCACUCGUCACAAGUGUCCGGACCCAUGAACAAUACACUAUCAUUGCCUGAUGUAACUUCAGCAGGUAACUUACCAUCAUCAAAAAUUAAGGUGAACCAAACUGAAACUGACAAAAUCAAGACUACAGUUUUGACUGCUACAUUCCCUGUGUCUUUGACUUCAUCUACUCCUUCCACAGCUAGCCAGUCCUUGAUACCAGCAACAGCAUUAAGUGGGUCUGCGAACGCUGAUUCUGCCUGUCAUAGUCUUGCAUCGCAGCAGCCAACUGACUCCUGUGAAACUAGGCAAGAGUUGAAGACUGUAUGUGUAAGAGAAUCACAAUCUAUUCUGGUCACAACACGAGGCGGAAACACAGGCAUUGUUAAAGUGCAAACAAACUCAGACCAAAUUUCACCUAGUAGUUUAUCUUCUAGUUCAGUUUUCACUUACACUUCUCAACUUCAGGCCUUUCUUGUACCAAAAACCACAGCAUUAUCAUACUCUACUCUUCCAUCUCUAGCAACAGCCACAUCUGGUUUCCCACAUAUUGGACAAUCAUCUGUUUCUGGAUUUGCCCCCUCAACAGCUUCUUCUGUUAACAUUCCAGCUUUCCCAGCUGAUUUUACCCAGGCAAUGGAGAAAAAUAUCAAAUUCACACUACAGCAGCCUCCUGUUGGGCACACUUCAGGUCAAGUAAUAGAUAACUCCUGCUGUGUGUCCUCUCCUUUAUCUUCCGUUUCAUUAGCUAGCAAUGUGAUGUCCACAACUCCAAACAGUCCUGUUAGUGUGACUAGCACUGGACAAAAUAACACUGUCGUAACUCCAAAUUCUUCUGUACAGCAUCAAGGGGAUACUAAAACCAAAAAGAAUUCUGUUAUACAGUCUGAGUCUAAUUCAGCAACAAGUGGGGAUUUAGUCAGUGGCACUCCAGUCCAGAAAUUUACAUUAGUUACAAAUUCACCAAUUUUAUCUCCCUCUGGAGCAUCAGGAGUCAGUAUUAUACCCUCUCCAGCAUCCACUGCUGUUAAUGCUCAGAAACUGGUUUUUGUUAACACACAAAUUGCCAGUGGCCCAUCAACCACCAAUCUAGUUGCAGAGUCAUUGAGACAGAACCUUCCUUCUUCCCUAACCAAAACCUUUGUUAAUGCUACAGAGCAACCACAUUUGGUUUUGAUCCCAUCUACGAUAGGAGCACCAAUAAGAAUAAAUUCAUCACCAACUAUUGCUCAAGUAAAAGAUGUAAAAAUUGGACUAAAUAUAGGUCAGACCAUUGUAAAUACUAAAGGCAAUGCACAGGAGGCCCCACCAGUUAAUAUAUUGCAUCCUACCAUUUCUAAAGGAGAAGACAAAAAAAACAUUGGCUUGGCGCUGUCUUUGACAAGUAGCAGUACUGUGGUUCCUGCUCCAGCUUUUGCUGUGUCAGCUAAUGAAUCCGUAUGUGUUGCGACAAAAGGCGAAAAUGCCUUUACAGUAACAAUGGCACAUGCCUGUGUAGAAUCUGUUUCAGUAGCACCAAGUGGGACUACUACUAGGACACAGUCCACUGUCUUGACUGGUGGCAAUGAUUCCUCAAGAAUAAGGCCAGUUCUGGGUAAUCGACUUUGUACAUCAAAUAUUGGAAAUAUGGGUAUAUCAACUGUGAAAACAGGACAUCUUGCUUCAUCUCUGCUGAUUUCAACCACACAACCAACAGUAUCUCCUCAAAACUUAGCAUCUGCUUUGCAAUUUCCAUUAAUUAGCUUGCCUGGAUCUGCAGCCGCCCCCCAAAAGGUGUUACAUACAGUUCCUCAGUUAGCAACAGUUCCAGCUCCUCUUCUAGUAUCAAAAAACCAGUUGCCCACGCUGCCUCAGUUUCAGUCAUCAGGAACUUCGGCUGGUAUGUCAAGUCACACAGGUAUUCACAAACCUCAGAGUGUGUUGCCCUCUCCGUCACCAAAUACAGGUAAAGUCGUUAGCUUUCCCAGUUCCUCUACCCUACAAUGCCAGCAGGUGCCUCUCAGUACAGAGAAAAAAAGUCAUGAUUACACUUGUGCUUCUACUGCUCAGAUGUCUUCAGCUUUACCAGCUGUAACAAGCAAAACCGGAGGAGGUCAGUUGAAUGAAUCUUGCAUUCAACAGAAAAUAGUCAUUAACACCUGUAUGCCUUUGGCACCUGGAACUCAGAUAAUGAUUAAUGGUACUCGUUUUGUUGUUCCACUGCAAGGCCUUGGAGCUGGCAGCCACGUUCUUCUUCUCUCCCGUAAUACGAAACAGACUCCUUUAACUGUUAACCAUGGUCAAGAGGCUCAAGGUGUACCAAUUGUUAAUCCAAUAACCUCAAAAAUCAUCUUAGCACCAAGUAAUUCAUUGGGUUGUCAAAUAUCAAAACAUCCUUUGAAAAGCUCCACGAAAAUGAUGAACUCUUUUGGUGCCGCAGAUGCUUUACCCAUCGUACAUGCAACGCCCCAGAUAUUUAGUACUCCAGCUAGCUCAUGUACUCCACUAUCCGGGGUAACACUGUCUGUGUCUUCAGUGACAAAAUCUCCUAUUAAUGUUGUAGCUACAUCUUCUGUUGUUUCUGCCGUUCAUCCUCCGAAUUCUCAUUUGCCAAGCAACACUUCAGUGUUUCACUUAGACACUUCUAUCAAAAAACUGUUGGUCAGUCCAGAGGGAGCCAUUUUGAAUGCUCUAAAUACUCCAGCACCAAAAGUUUCUCCUCUGUCUUCAUUGCUGCCUCCUGUUGUUGUGUCCACAAGCAGAAAUCCUACCACUGUCUUCCCUGCAUCUCAGUCAUCUUGCCUUGAUAAACCUGACAAAGCUGCAUUCUGAAUUUACUGCAAAUGAGCCACUUUGAAAUUUUGGGGCAUUCCUCAGACUUUGGAAGUUGUAACUAUUGGAUAAUUUCUUACAACCAGUUGAUUUACUCAACAUUACUUAAGGUUGCAGUUCUUUCCUGUUCACCUGUGGGGAUUAAGAAGAAGAAAAAUUUUAGUUUGUCAGAAGUUUUCAGAGAGUUCUUUAGUAAAAAGGUCAGAAAUGACCAAUGAGUUCAUUAAACAGUUUGGAGAAAUCUCACCUUUUGCACAUGUUCCAUCUUACAUUACGGACUGUUUGCCAGUGUGUUUUUGACAGUAUAUGUCUUCUUUUAUUUGUGAAAUUUAUUUUUGAUCUGUUUCUUUAAGGAAAAUAUUUAUGCAUUGUAAAAAUGCAAUCUAUAGAGUAGAAUUGUACAUAUUCUUGAAUUCCUAACAGUCCAUACUAAACAAUAUGUACAAAGAACUAUGCUGUCUUAUUUAUGUUUGGUUUACAUAGUGUAUAGUUUUUUAAAUAUUUUAGUAACUUUGGACCAGUGUACUGUUUAGCAACUGCAGAAGAAUCUGCAUAUAAUAAAUCAAGUUGCUUUACUGCUUUGUGUUGGCAAUAGUUAAAAAUAUGUGUAUCUGUUACACCGUGGCAGAAUACAUACAUACAUACACACAUACGUAUAUAUAUAUGUAUAUGUAUAUAUAUGUGUAUAUAUGUGUGUGUGUGUGUGUAUACACACAUCUUUCUUUUGGUGUGUGGUAGAAUGAAAUUAUUUAACCUGUUUUGCUUUUUUCUGCUUUUACAUUUCACAUGAUUUAGCAGGAGUUGGAAGGAAGGCCUUCUUGUUGAUCCUCGUGAUGCAGGGCUGGAUAAGCCAUACUUCAUCCGUUCUUAAUAAAUGUUUGGUUAUAUUGCCUAAAUAACUCCAGUGAUGUGGUAAGGCUACAAGUGGCUCUUCAGACACCAGUCUAAGUCACACUGGUUGCUGUUAAGGACUAACAUGUUUUGUCUUAAAGCUCAUAGAUCUGUUGAACAGUUUGUUACUCUCUUUUUUACAGCCUUAUAUGCAUUUCCAUAUGUCUGAUGACUGUAACAAGAUCACUUGUUAGUCUUCUAUCUAGCCAUAACAAAUGACCCAUUUUUUUUCACCAGUCAUACUUUCUAGAUCUGUAUGUUUUUCUUUAGCUUAUAAUUGGUCUAUCUUGAAGGAUAGCACUAAAGCAUCACAUAAUAUUAAAGGAAGCUUUAUUAGUGCUUUGGGGAUAAUAAUAUGUUACAGAAACCUUCCUUUUUUAUGCGGUGUAUUCAGUAUUUGUUGACUUAGUUUCAGCUUUUGAUCUGAUAAAACUUUUGGGUUAUUUUCUGCAGAUCUGCUGAGUUCACAGCUGCCUGCUGCAGUGCUCGUGGAGAUAAGUUUUUUUAGGUAUCUUUUGAGAUUUUGCAUAUAAAGAAAGGGUGCCCAUCUUAUUUUAUGGAAGAUGAUGAUUUUAGAAUUGCUAUCUUUGUAUGUGUUGAUUUUUUGUAGAGUUUGUUUGGUAUUUUUUAGAAACUAGAAGGGAAGAUUUCAGAAGAAUUUAAAAAUGAUAAUUGCCUUUCUAAUAGCUAUGACUUCAAAGGGGAUAAAAGCUUACAUAUCUGUAUAUAGCAAAAUUCUUAGACUGAGUUUCAACAAGAUGAAGCUUCAGCCUUUGCUCUUCAUCCUUUUGAAUUUUCUACUUCCCUUCCCUUUUUGCUAUACUAGUUUGGCAGUUUGGAUAUUGAGUUGACGAAUAGGACUACAGCUUACUCGCUCUGUGUCGGCUGCCCUUUGUAUUGUUCUGAAAAGUAGCCUGGUAGCUAGUUUGCUAGAGUUUUGGGAAAGUGGGGGGAAGAAAGGCUUGUGCCUUCCGUAGGAACCUUUCCUUUUGCACUAACUUAAAAAAUUACAUUGGGAAAUUGCAUCUUUCCAUCUUAUCUCAGGGCUGGGACAGAUGGAAGCUGUCAGUUUUGGGAUUAGAGAAGGUUUGUUUAAAUUUUAGGAAAAGCUACCUGCUACACCUUUGUUACUUCUCAUUAAAGGCAUUUUGUAAUGGAUUUUGAAAACACCUAGCAGUAAGUAUGUCUGUCCAUCAGAGUUCACAGUAUUAAGAAUUUUGAAAUCUGACUGCACAUUACAGUUGAAUGCUGCAGUGACUUUUCCAACAGAGGAAGAUGGCAGAGAGUGGCAGUUUCUUCAUGGACAUUUUACAUACUCUAAAACCUCAUUUUAUUUCCAUUUCACUGGUGGAACCAUGGGACUCACUUUCUUGGAUUUUUCUAUUUUCUUGCAAUGGCUGUUUUUUCCUUUUUUUUUUUUUUUGUUCAUUUAGGUUUGUUGUAGAGUGAAUAUCUAUGCUGUUUGAAAAGCUCAAGACUAGGUUCUGCUGUUGCAGAUAUUCUUGAUGAGAGAAAAAAAUCUUGCAUGACAUUUUUCUGCGUGCUGAUGUAGUAGAAAGAUUUAUGCUAUAAUUGAUUCUAAUAAAGAGAGAAGUUAGAAAAGCUGAACUGAAAAACUCAGGACUCAAGUAACUUGCCUGAAUGAUUUCCAAGAAAUUUUCUGAAUUAAUAUGAUAAUAUUCUAUGAUUUUUAUAAAUAUUGUAUAAUUUGGAAGACAUGUACUUUACAACACGAAAAGUUUGAGUCAGUUUAAUUAGAGUUUCAUAGACUUUUAUUCUCUACUAGACAUGUGUUCAGAUUCCAAGUCCUAUUGGAGAAGGACUUGAGACUGCUAUGUAAUGGGCUUGCAUCAUUCAUUAUGUAAAACCAAAUUUUAGUAAUUUUUGCGAAUAAAAUUCCUAUUCCCAACACUGUUCUCCAAUAAUAUAAAUGUCAGUCAGAGUUAAGGUUUUCUUUCAAAUGCAAGUAAAUAAACAUUGACACUUUGCUAUGUACCUUUUACUCUCUACCAAAUGUAUCGUGCUACUUAUAGCACAAAAAGAACUGUGAACAAGUGGAUUAUAUUCACAGACACAAUGAAAAAGCAGAACUACCUGCAUCUUUUCUUGAAUUUUAAAACACAUUUAGUUACACAUAAAAACAGAUAUAUAAAUCAACCUUUUAACAAAAGGUGUUCAACUUUUCAGUGCUUGUAAAAUGCCUUACUUUUAGAUCCCUUCUGAUAUUAUUUACAGCUAUUCAUACACUAUAUUAUAUACAAAACUUUGGAUUUAUAAAUUACUUUGAAUAUUUUGAAUUAUAUCCUUUAUAUUUACCUAAAUUAACAUGUUCUGCACAGUAAUUUUGGUUUGCUCUGAGUAGAAAAUUACACUUAUUUUGCUUCACUGUUCAAACCCACAUCUGUGAGCUGCCAUUUUCUCCUAGGGAUUCUGCCCCUGCCACACUAGGAACAGUUAAAUUUCGCGUGUAUUAUUUGUUAUAAAAGUAUCUGUUCAAACCAAGUGUGUUACUGUGAAGUCAUUCAAACCCAUGCUGAUUCACUGUGUGACAUAGCAAAGGGUACAAUGUGAAAAGGAAAGCAAAAAUUCUCCUGAUAAGUGAAGAGAAAAUAAUUUGUCUCAUGGGAGUAGGUCAGAAAAUUACUAAAAGCUAGCAUUUGAAGGGCAUCCAUAGCUUUGCCACAGAGUUAGUUUCAUAGUUGGUUUUCCUUCUAUUUUGUGGUAGUGCAGAGUUUCAAUUGCCCAAAAUGGUUUUAAAUUAAUUAAUCAUUUUUAUUAAAGCACAAAUGUUUGUUAUGAUGCAACUCUUUCCUUUAAAAAGAACAGCCAGAGGUGCUCAAAAGGACUCAAACUCAUGUAGCCUGUUGUCUGUAAGCUGCACCUGAAGAGAGUUAACUGACUCAAAGUAGGAUUAGUAAUGCCGCAUCAGACUUUAGGUCCAUCACAUCUCUUGAGGCAGUCAACAGUAGCAUUCCAAAAGAGCACAAUAACAGGCCUGAAUAAUCUUCUAGUAUCCACUAAUCUGUGAGCCAGAGUCUUCCUCAUGCAGCUGUGUUUUUCUUCAGUUUAAUAGCUUUCAGUGUAUUUCUCUUGAUGAAAUGGACCAAUCCUUUCUAGAAUUUUUGAAAGCAUGUAAACAAACUGUUACCAUCCACAGCACCCAGUGGUAAAGAAUUUGUAAAUAAAUUUCCUUUUUGGUUUCAGAACCUGGCACCUGCUAGUUUCAUUUGAUGCAAAUAAUAUUUAUAUUGUAAGAUGCAAUAAGCCUUUGCUGUUUAGUCAUUUUUCCAUGUGGCCUGUGUAGACCUUUGCCAUGUUGGUUGUCUCUUCUCUAGAAUAAAGAGAAAUAGUGAAUUCAGUUAUUUCCUAUAUGGAAGUAAUUAGUUGCUGUCA